AUGGCGCGCGCUCUGUCUUGGACGGACCAGGUCCACUACUGGUUUUUCGCCUCGCACAUCCCCAUCACGCUGUUGAUGGAUUCGCAGGCCAUUCUGCCUCCAUCCUUGGUGCCUGGCUCGAUUUCCUCGUUGCAACGGUUUUACGUUGAGACCUUCCAGGACCCGCUGAUGGCGAACCCGCCCGUCUGGUUCAAGUCCAUGGUGACCUGCGAAUUGCUGAUUCAGCUGCCCUUCUUCUUCUGGGCCUGCCGUGCCAUCAAGAACGGCGCGCACCAGGCGCUGAACUCAAUUGUCUGGUACCACAUCAACUUAGGAGACAACUCGAUCCGGCUGCCCGGAUUGCUGUACGGUGCCCACGUGGCCACGACUCUCGUCCCUAUCCUGGGUGAAUUUUUGUUCGGCUUCCCGGCAGCGAACCUUUCCACAACCCAGCGGCUGGCUUUGGUGGCACUCUACUCCCCUUAUUUGCUGGUACCCAUCCACUACGCCUGGCAUCUUUUGCGCCAUCCGAAGCCUUACGGUACCCACCGUGACUAG